AUGGAGAAUUAUGAGCAGAGCAACUUUUUACCGGUAGAUACAAUGGAAGAAGCUACCCACAAGUCAUUGGACCAAUCUUACGGGAAUUACACAAUGCCGGGACACAGUACUUCCAAUGGCUGUUGCCGGUUAUGUUUCAAAGGCAACUGCCAUCUUCAGGAACUUUUUCCAGGUGGCUACACGGAGGAGUUGCUUAUAAGUAAAAUCUUCGAGUGUACCACUGUUGAGAUCACCUUCGCCAACGACCCGGAUGCCCUGAUAUGUUACAGCUGUGUGGCAAAAAUUGAAGAGUUCCAUCGCUAUAGAGAACAGUGCCGCAACAAUGAUGUACAACAUAAGAAUUCGAAAAGACGCUUGGGAGGAGCAAAUCUUCCAGCUCCGACGUCCACAUUGAUUCCCCCUAAGUACAUCAAGAAGGAAAUAGAUUCGGAAGGAUUUGAAAUAAGCGCUGCUGAUUUCUUCCCAAUGGAUGCUGCUGAGCAAUCCUAUGGUGCAUUAGAAUCAACCGUGGACGGACCAACUCCCCGCGUUGCUGACUCAUCUGGUGCGGUGGACUCGACUAUUCCUAACCAGGAUGACCUUGCCAAUUCUAAUGAAGAUGAUAAUGAAAAUUUGCUGGAGUUGAUGCCUGAACGGACACACGAUGAGUUCCGCAUAUCGUACGCAGAUAUGACCGAAGAGUACGAAAAUAAUAAUGAAGUUUUCUGCGAGCUACCGAUCAAAGAAGAGCCACAGGACAUCGAUUAUGGGACGGACGAUUGGAAUGAUUUUGGAAUGGAAAACGACAGUACCAUGGAUCACAGCACCAAUCUGAUACCGCUAAUAGAUAACUGCUCUUAUUCAACGAAUUCCGAAGAUGAUUUAGAGGAGCAACGGCCAUAUCGGGAGGUGUACAACGGCACUAAUUUAGUUUGCCUAAUGCAAGAUGGAUUCCUGUACGUUCAUGGGCAUAAGAUGCAAUGGCGCUGUCGAAUAAAGAGCUGUGAAGCUGCAGUCUUUCUGAACAAAUAUAGCAGAGAUUUGGAAACAAAUGGCAUAAACCAUGCGCACAGCAGGGAAGUAGAAAACAGUGCUACCGAUAUGGAGAUUCUGCGUCUAUUAGAAAACGUAUCACCUGCACCACACGAGUCUGAUGACGAGUCGUUCCAUUAUGUAAAGAACAUCAGAAAAGGUAGUUCACUCGUCUACAAAGGUUACAAAUACAGCAUGAAACAUAGAAAUGUGGAUGGAACAACAUACUGGAAGUGCCGUUUGUUCAAAGGUAGUUGUUCAGCAGCCUUAUAUCAAACUACAGACAACAAAUUCAAAGCCGUCGGGAUUCAUACACACGACAAACAGGACGCGACAAGUAAUACGCCGAAGCCAUAUGUCGCAAGCGUUAGUACCGAAGAUGGUGGGCCGUUUGGAGAUAAAUCUUCGCCGGCUAAAAUUAAAUUGCGAAUCGCGCGACAAACCAAUGACACUAACUCACCAACUCCGCAAUCCUCGUCAAGUGACGGUGGAAAGAACAAACUGCCACUAGACCAAAAAGACGCCACGGGAGUCGUCCGAAGAAGCUAUAAUUACAAGAUGGUAAAAAACGGCAACGGUCGAAUACGGCUGCAUUUCGAUGGAAAUCUGUAUGUACGAGAGUCUACAAAGAAGGAAGGUUCUGCUACGGUAGUCAAAUGGCGAUGCAGGCGAAACUACGAUAUGUGUGGUGUUGCCGCAUUACAAUACGAGGAUGGACUUGUGGAGGUGUUCGGAGAUCAUGAUCAUUCCCCGAUCAAAAACUCCAUGAACAUUCCCGAUAACAGUGUGGGAACAACUGAAUAUCAGCUUCUACCCACGUUCAAAGGAGGUGAAGCACUCGUUCUCGAUGGAUUUCGCUUCGUGAAAGCAUACAACAAAUCGAAUGGAUUGAGCUUAUGGCGUUGUUCAGGAUUGGCCGGAAUCAUUUGCCGAGUGAAGCUUAUCCUUGCAACAGAUGGGGUCGCAUAUGUGUUGCGUGACUUUAAACAUGAUCAUGACAGACCGAAACACAAAAAAACGAUAAACCGAAAUAUGAUCCAAGUCACUAGCCCUAUCAAACAAAACGAUAUUCAUGGAGAUGAUAGUGUUGGGAAAAAACCAUUCCGUUCGGGAAAUGAAUCCAACACUAGCACACCGUUAACGAUACGUGGUAAAACGGACAAAAUUAUGCGCAAACCAAUUGCCAACAGUGGUACCGUUGCAAAGACUUCUGCUGGUGGUCAAACAGCGAAAGGAUCGUCUAAGUUGCGAUCGAUGCGUAAUUAUCAUAUUACAAUAAACAAGAAAGGCAACAAGGCGCUGGUGUACCAAGGAUACCGGUACUGCUUGGUUCGAACACGUCAGGAUGGAGCAAUCAGUUGGUUCUGCCGGAUGAACAAAAAAACCUGUGGUGCCGGGUUGUACCAAUAUCCCGAUGGGAGAUUGGAAUGGGUUAGCGAAAGACGUCACAAUCACAGUCCGACUGAUCCAACAUCAGAACCACCGAAAAAAAUUACAGUAGCUCCAGUAAAAAACAACAAAUACCAUAUGGAUGACGAAACGUUUGUAAGCAAUGAAUGGUACUAUGUACGCAACCGAAAAAAUGGCAUCACACUCAUACACGCUGGUUAUCGGUACCAUAGAAAGGGAGUUCGCAAUGACAGCACAUCGAUGUGGCGUUGCUCGCGAGCGAACCAAGGUUGCCGAGCCGGGAUUGUGAUGCACUCCGACGAGACGAUUGCCAAGCUCGAUGAUAUUGAUCACGAUCAUUCACCACCUAGCCCGUCCUUGGACGAUACGCCCAUAAUAAGCGGUGAUCCGGAUGAAAGUGAAAAGCAAUCACCAAACGCAAACUUCAGUGAUGAUGGCAAUGCUACUGAGCUUAGUUUAGCUAACUUCAACGGAUGCAUUGAGGAACAGGAUGAUCCUGAAGCAAACAUGCGGUCGCUCCUGAGCACAAUGCUGGAUGUCUCUGACGUGCCAACGGCCAAUAAAUCUACUGACAAAAUAGUGAUUUCUCCAGGCAAAGCUUGCUACAGAUAUGUCAAAAACCGUAGACUUACAAAGAGUUUGGUGUUCCGAGGGUAUCGAUACUCUCGCUCUAGUAUGAAAAUUCGCACGGAUGGAUGCGUGAAGUGGGUUUGUCAGAUGAAUAAAAAAACCUGCCGUGUUUCGGUGAAGAUCAUGAAAGAUGGAAGUAUAGAAAUGGACGCCCAGAAACACAACCAUCCGCAACUACCGGAAGAUUUAGAUGAAACUUGUGAUAACGACGAUGACGAUUACGAUGAUGAUAAUGAUGAUGGGGCCAACGACACGAAUGACACAAUAAGAGACGCUACAUUAGAAAAUGAUUCAACUAACCUGGCAGACGAUAUGGAUACCGAAGAUGUUACGCAUGAUUACUUUUUUGCUUUAAAUCGCUGCAAUGGAACAAGUUUGAUUUUUCAGCGAAAUCGCUACAGCAAAGAAAAUGCCCGUCCUGACGGGUCGACGGUUUGGCGUUGCAUGGUACGCUCGGAUUGUGCAGCGAAAGCCAUCCUACAUGCUGAUGGUACAUGCGCUGUUUACCGCGAUGCAACCCAUCAUCAUCCACCAUUGGACGAGUUACCAAAACCAUUACAGUAUCCAGACAAAUUUUCAUCGGUAUCUGCACAAGACCAAACAGUCAAAAAGGGAAUUGUUGCUAAACUCGCCGAUAAAGGUGAUACGUUGACCUACAAAGAAAAUCUUAUGAUGAAGGUUAAACGUUUCUCUGACGGUACCGCCGUGUAUAAGUGUGCGUUGAACCAUUGUUCUGCGUUGGUGAAAUUUCAGUACGAAGAAACGGAUGGCGGUGAAAUCUCGCAACGUGUGAUUUUCGAAACGGAUCAUGAUCAUCCAAAUUCUCACGUUAGUACAAUUGCCACCACCAGCACCAGCAACACUACACCCGAUGGAAAAAGUAAACAGAAAAGCCCUAUCAAAAUACAAAGAUAUUCAACCAGCGACAGUGUAGAAGACCAUAGCAAAGAGUAUCAGCUUUUCAAAAAUAACCGGGGCCAAGUCUCGUUAGUGUACAAGGGCUAUCGGUUCUCGUUGCGCAAUCUUAACGUAAAUGGCAACUCCAGUUGGAAAUGUCGCGCUAAUAGGACGUGCAAUGCGCACGUUACCUUCACGGAAGAUGGUCGCGUUGUGCAAACUGAGCAGGAAGUAGAAGCAAUGCCACAUAAUCAUGCCAUUAAUGGGACAUAUAUUGAUCGAGCUGUACCGCUAGAGCUAGAUGAACUGACUCCCCCGGCUAAAAAUUUGAGACAGUUUGUGGCCGGUUGGGUGAAAGGUUUGUAUAAAAACGAACUUAGUGGAAAAACGAAAACGUCACUAAAGCCGUCACCAAGCCAUACUGUUGGAAAAAAAACAAUCUAUCAUAAGAACUAUUCAUACAAGCUGCAAACUAUCAAGAAUGGACGAGAGUUUUGGCGUUGCACUAUGUUCAAUGCAAGGGCCUGUCGCGCGGCUCUAUUCUGCAGCAACAACGGUGCGAUCGUACAGUAUGAAAAUGGACGCCAACAUAACCAUGAAGCAACCAAUUCGUCGAUAAUAGUAGUGCAGAAAAGCAGCGGUCUCCGGAAAACUUCUUCCGGUAUGAAGGGAAAAACUCACAGCGUGAAAACGCCUGAUGAGUAUUAUAGACCGAAUGAAGCUCUCAGUAUAGUGCGUAACUUACUGAAAACAGUAAAACGAAGCCAUAGUUCGUUACAUUAUGAUGACCAGUCGGUAGAAGAAAGUUCCGCUCCUACGUAUCAGAUAGCGAAAAAGGAUGGCGUCGAUACAUUGUACUAUGAAAAACAUCGAUACGUGGUCUUGUGUCAUAAACAGGAAGCGAACUCCGAUGAAUCGGAGCGUUGGCGCUGUUUCUUAUGGAAUAGCCGUCAUCAAUGUCCGGUCGAACUAUCCGUCCUGGCUACGGGCAAAAUACACUUCGAAACGGACCCAACACACAACCAUCGUCCACCGCCGCCAGAAACACAAGAAAUAGAACGAUUACCUACGUUAUUAAAUACAAAAGGUACUAGAAAAUACGAGCUAAUAGGACAAACACUGGACACCCUUUUUUAUAAGGGAUACAAGUUCUCCUGGAAGGAACAAGGAAACGGUUGGACGUACUACAGUUGUGUGUGCUCGCUUUCACACCAGUGUACUGUGACAGUGAAGGUAGAUUCGGCUGGGCUGCUAUACGAAUGUUCGAACGAAUCGCACAAUCACCUAUCGACGCUACUAAAUGACCAAUCCGACACCACAACUGAAUUAAAUCGAUCCAAACCAUUGUCAGAGCGAGCCAUGGCAUCGAAACAGGCGAGGCUUGCCGAUUGUUCCAAAACGGGCUCUGCGGAUUACAGGUUUGUGCGAUCCUGUUUGGGAAAUUCAAUGGCCUUCGAAGGCCACAGAUACUGGUUCCACAACAAGCUGUCAUGCGGAUUGCACGUUUAUCGAUGCCGCUACCAAAAAACAAAAAGUUGCCCCGGUUCCGUGUACAUGGAUAUGGAAACGCAGCUAAUAUAUCACCGUUAUGAUGCGGAGCAUAAUCACGAACCUUUUCCAGAAGAUGCCAUUACAAAAACCGAAAAACCAUUUAAUACAACCUCUGAUAGCUGUAAUCGUACGAAUUCGGAACAACUCAACACCAGUGCCCUGAUAGACCAGAGCGUUGACAAUGUGGACGAGCGUGAUCUUGCAAGUGGCAUAAAAAAUAGUGACCUUCAAACUGCAGUACCAAAGAACGACGGACAAAACGACGACGUGAUCAUAACGCAGAAUUAUACGUUUGUGAAAAAUUAUCUGAACAAGAAUCAGCUGUUAUACGAAGACUACGUGUACGAAUUUGUCCCGUUGUCUUAUCGAAAGGAUAGCGACAAAUUUUAUAGCUGCUUAUUUUCGGAUUGUUCCGCUUCGGUAAAGCUGCUACCGUCCGGCAAUUUGAGAGUAAUGACUCCAAACCAACACGCUCACGAACGGCCCGACCUUACCGAUUGCCGGGACGUAGGUCGUGGGUCGGCAGACUUUAAUACCAUUUCGCCCAGUGGUUCCGGCAAGAAAACCAAGAUACUGUAUGAAGGCUACUUCUAUUACGCCAAUGUCGCACAAACAUUCCAGGAUGAUACGAAAGUGUUCUACUGUUACAAUAACGUGUUAAACAAGGAUAAGAAUAAAUUCAACGAUCGUUGUUCUGUUACGUUGGAAUUGUUGCCCAAUAACCGCGUUAUCGUCGUGGGUACCCAUCACCAUUCGUCAUCCCAAAUCACCGGCAGCGACAAAACGGAUACAUCUCAAAAAAAGUUGAUAGUAAUGGAUGGACGUUCCUACCGAUACCUCAACACGCAAGACGAUGGAACAGUGAUAUGGCAGUGUACGGACGAUCCGAAGUGUAAGGCUAAAGUGUAUGGAAAACCGAAUGGGAAGCUGGUGUACGGUACCACAAAACACGUCCUUCGGCAUCGAAUGCCAAAGUUACCGAAUCAUUCAAAGCUGUCAAACGAAUUAAACAGUUCGUUGCCAGUAUCAUCCACCCCAGCGAAUACCCUCGCCGUGCCUACUGCUGGUUCGUUGAAACCGCCGACGACCAACUCUAUCGUUCCUAACAGUACUGGCAACUUGCGGACAAAAUGGUACCAAGGCAAUAGAUACAAUUUUUAUCUCACCCGUAGGGAUGGUGUGCAGUACUGGCGAUGCAGUAAGCGCAUCGAGGAAAAAUGUGAAUGCGGCAUUUUGUGCUACCCUUCCGGGACAAUAAUGUCGUACAAUAACUUGGUGCAUACGCACCCAGCGCUUAAUGCCACAUCAGAAGAGGUGCAAGCUAAACUGCCGAUCUCGUCGUACACUUCGCAGAUAGUCAAACAGCACGUUCCGGCUCAAGAAGUCGAUGGAAAUGGAUCCAAAUAUUCGAUGCAAAACUCGAACACAGCAAAUGAUAUGGUCGUGACGUACAAGGGUGUACAAUACUCGUUACGGAAACGGACCCUGGAUGGAAUACGUUUUUAUCGAUGUCGCAACAAGCCGUGUACCCACACGCUGAUUGUGACUAAACGCGGAAAAAUCAUGUCCAAAAAGACAACGUGGCAUAGCUGUGAAAAACAGCCGGAUGCAGAUGCAAGAAGGUUAGGAGCAGUACCAGCAUCAACAGCAACAAACGCAUUUUUAAGUGGAGCUAGCGGACUAGGUUUCGACAAACCUGAAAUUGAAGAUCCGGACGAUUUGGUUGAUCAACAUGAUUGCACUACGAUGCAACCCAUACUAAAGCGAAUCCGAUUAGAUAGCAAUGUUGAGAUGGUUGAAGAAAACAACCAAAGAUCGACACCAGAAACUAUCGUAGAGAAAGUGGUCAGUUGUUCCCCCAAUCUCAACACUGACACCGAUGCAGAAGAAGAAGAGCAACAUAACGACGCAAGCCGCGGUGAAAUGCAAGCCAGCUUCGAAGCGGAAAAUAUUACGACAGACGAUUGGGAACAUGAAUAUUUGGAGCAGGAGUUCGAAAGCACGGAUGCGGAUAAUCAGAUUCUCGAUUCCGUGCCAGAAGAUCGACAGCCCGUCGAUGAUGUUACGACGUAUGACGAGCAAACGGUCGAAGAAUUGGCUACAUCGGAGCAUUCUCGUGAAAGUUUCAAGCUAACGACGUUAACAAUGAGUGAAGAUCCGAAUGCCCAGAAAUGA